AGGUCGGGCUGGCGGCGGCGGGGCCCGGAGCGGGGAGCGCGGCGGGGAGGAGCCCCCGGCGCGGGCGGCGGCGAGUCCGGAGCCCCUGCCGCGAACCAAGCCAACCGCAGAGGGCACCGGGGCCCAGCGGCGCGGCGGCCGCAGCGGGAGGACGAUGGCAGCGCCCGCCGGGGCCGUGAUUGCUGCCCCAGACCGCACGUGCUGGCUGUGGUCGGUGCUGGCGGCGGCGCUCGGGCUGUUGACUGCUGGCAUAUCGGCCUUGGAGGUUUACACGCCAGAAGAAAUCUUCGUGGCAAAUGGGACACAAGGGAAGCUGACAUGCAAGUUCAAGUCCACUAACACAACCGGCACGUUGACCUCCGUCUCCUGGAGCUUCCAGCCAGAGGGGACCGACACCACUGUGUCGUUUUUCCACUACUCCCACGGGCAAGUGUACCCUGGGAAUUAUCCACCAUUUAAGGACAGAAUCAGCUGGGCUGGAGACCUCGACAAGAAAGAUGCAUCAAUCAACAUAGAAAAUAUGCAGUUUAUACACAACGGCACCUAUAUCUGUGACGUCAAAAACCCUCCUGACAUUGUUGUCCAGCCGGGGCACAUUCGGCUCUACGUUGUAGAGAAAGAGAUCUUGCCCGUGUUUCCGGUUUGGGUGGUGGUGGGGAUAGUUACUGCCGUGGUCCUAGGCCUCACUCUGCUCAUCAGCAUGAUUCUGGCUGUCCUCUAUAGAAGGAAAAACUCCAAACGGGAUUACACUGGCUGCAGCACAUCAGAGAGUGUGUCUCCAGUUAAGCAGGCUCCACGGAAGUCCCCCUUCGACACAGAGGGUCUAGUAAAGAGCCUGCCUUCUGGAUCUCACCAGGGCCCAGUCAUAUACGCGCAGUUAGACCACUCUGGCGGGCAUCACAGUGACAAGAUUAACAAGUCCGAGUCUGUGGUGUAUGCGGACAUCCGGAAGAAUUAAGAGAAGACCCAGAUCAUAUCCUAAGCAAGAAACAAAUCCAAACUGGACUCUUGUGCAGAAAAUGUGGCCCAGUCACGUGUGGCCUUGGAACCCUGGGCAAGGACAGCACAUGUUUAUUCAUAGAGGGGGAAAAAGCUGUGUAUAAAGGAUAUGGAUAAAUAUUCUAUUUAAUCUUCCCGACGUGAGGAGCCAGUGUUGCAUGAUGAAAAGAUGGGGUGAUUCCACGUAUAUAUAAAUUGUCUUGCUCUUUUUGUACUUUUGUUCAGGGUCAUUUACAGCUGGGAAAACUCAGAAACAUUCCUAUCACCAUCAUUUAGAUGUGGUUUGCCUUAAUGGAGACAGUAGCAGAUCUUUUAGUAUUCCUAUAGACAUGGCCUUUUUGUGGAAGGGCUUAACCAGUCUUAGCAUUUAUUGUAGCUGGAGAAUGGAGAUACUGUGCCGGAAGCACAUCCAGGCUGGCCUGUAACCCAGUGUCAGCACCGCCUAUUCGGUUGUAGUUUUUGGAAAACAUCUGUUAGCUAUGCCACUUGAAGACAGUUUGAGAAGUCUUUGUUGAUGUUUUUCUCUCUAAAAUACAGGGCUGUUUUUUGCUUUAUACGUUGUGUGAACUUACUUUAAUAUUACACCCUUAAUCAUCUCAGUUUGUGGAUUCAUCGUAGUGAGAUUUUGUUGUUAGUGCCGUCGAGUGGAUCCCGAUGCCCUGCCUGGGCUUUCUGCGCCAUGGCAAGAUUGGCACAGGAGAAACGCCAGAGGUCACUUCUUUCUCGGUGCUUUCAGAUCAAGACCACAUAUGUAGUUGAAGUAGAACACCCCGGCCGUGCCUGAGGAGUACUGUACCAUUUGGAGAGAACAGGUAUUAGCUAUAUCCUUUGCCGAAGUCCUUCCUGCUUGCUGUAAGAGCCUCGGCCAGGUGGCGGAGAGGAGUUUCAUUUCCUUCCAAGCGGGCAGAAGUGGGAUCUCUAGACAGCCAGCCUGCAGGACCCCAGGGCUCUCUCUAGAGAAUCUUCUUUAUAAAGCAUCAGUCAUGCUUCCAGAGGCAGCCUCAGGCAUGCUUCCACCAGAGCUUCAUGGUGCCUCCACGACCUCUGAGGUUGAAGAGGGUCUGGAUUUGUUAAGUUAGCAAGUAGGGCUAGUGCUUCUACUUUGGGAAUCUCCUCUCUGUUCCUGUUUUUAUUGUUGUUGUUUUCCACUUUUCCCUCCCAUUAUGUGGAAUUGAUAAACAAUGAGAUAAGGAAAAAUCUAGACAAUUUGGAUAUCCUUUCCAAUAACUCAUUGUCUCCCCUUGCCUUCCCCCCACCCCAUCUCAAACCUGUGAGUUUUUAUUUUUUACUGGGAAUGAAUAGCAUGGUGAAGAUCAUUAAACACUUAUUUAUAUUGUCAUUCCCCCAUUUUCUGGAUUAUUUUUUUUAAAGAAUUUUUUUCCCUUUGAAAUGGUCUGAAAGCCCACAGUUACAGGAAGAAUGCUGACGAGACGGUCACAGAACGUGUUGGGUAAGCGGGAGUGCGUAAGGGUAGUGCUCGUUGGUGUUUCUCCCGUUUAGUUUGGGGGCCAUUGUGAGCUGCUUCCUUUUCCUUCUCCUCCUCUGUCGUCUUGGUGAGGGAGUUUGAAGGCUGAGUUCUAAGAGAAUUCAGAAAGGGAAUCAAGCAGGAUUUAGAUUUAAAGGUGUGCGUGAGGUGGUAAAAUAGAGAAAGGGCCUAUGGGCUUCAAAACUAGCUCUCCACGUGUGUGGUCUUUUCUUCCCCGAGGAGCUGCUGGCUGUUGCUCCCAUAACGCUCCAGCUUACAGCCUGCUUAGAGGUAAGACAGGGCGCGGGUUUUGUAGUCACACGCACACCGUCUUCUGAAGCUGGGCAGCGUCUGGUCUGUGUUCCGUGUGGGGUGGGGGAACGUGUCAGCUCGGCGUGUCUCACUCUCCCCACGCUCGCAGCCCCACACGAGUGCGGACGCAGAGUGCUUGCCCCCAGACAUUUCCGCGAAGUGCCCCACUUUGCCUUGCACCCUAAAACUUUUCUGCAUCUAUGUUGAAAACUACAGGAGCCUUUGGAAGUCCUCUUUUAUGUCUUAGGGAGGGAGGGGGGAUGUUGAGAUUGUCACCAUUCUUCAAACUGAUGCCAAGAUGAGGAUACUCUUGUGCGCGUCUGCCACUGCGAGAAUUGUACCAAGACCGCUUUUAAGGUAGAAAAGACACAAACUGUCGAGUGACCAAGUGUGUACAUUUAUAUCUGUAAUGUUCCCUUACAGUCAUUUUUCUAUCGAGAAAAGGGGCAUUUUCCUUUUUCUCCUUUCUCAACAGGUCCUAUGAAUAAACUAUACAUUCCAGAUACCUCCUGAUAGCAAGAGUCCAAAUUCCUCCCUCGGGGUGAGGACCGAGGACCCUAUGUUUGUGAAGCUGCCCCCUGGAGCUGCAGCCCAGCCCUCCCUCUAAUGACACCUCUAGGCGCCCCCCUUCCCCAUGCCGCCUCCUUCCUGUGCGACCGCAUGGCCUCCACACCCAACCAGACAGCUCAGACUCUGUCCCACUGGGCAUUCUGGAGGAGAAUCGCCCCCUCCUCACCAUCCUCCUCCCCGGGCAAGGGCAGUCAGCUCCCAGAGACCCGUCCAGGGUCUGUGACAGGCUCGUCUAAAGAAGCUGCUCACACUGGGGUCAAGCGCCUCAAGGUCGGGGCUGCUUCCUAACCUCUACACGCAGCCUCCUGUGGAUCUUUCGGCCCUUUCCCGUGUCCCAGCAUUCCCGUCCCUGGCCACAGGUGACAACAGUAGGGUUGCUUCCAAAUGGCAGAGCUGCCCUUUCCGUGUCUUAUUAUUGCAACCUCUUAAAAUUACACGUGGUUUUCGUAAGGGAGCACCUAAAAGGGAUUACUUAGAGAUUAAAAUUCCAAAUCAUGUGUAGUUUUUCAAUGGAAAUGUAUCCAGCUAAGGAAAAACCAUCAAGUUCAUUACUAUUUUUUGUUUUUUUCACUCGUUGUACUUUCGUGAAUAUUUUAAUACAUCUUUUUCAAUUACUGAA